AUGGAGCCAUCUUUGGAAGAUUUGUGCGCUGACCUCUUCCUGAAUGAGCCGAGGAAGGCUGUGUUGGAUGAAUCGGUGGGCAGGAAACUUGGAUCUGGCAACUAUUUGGUUGGAAAGGUGAUUGCCCCAAAGGAUCGUUUUCUAAGUCACAAUGAAAUUGCCAUUUAUUUUCGGAGUUACUGGAAAGUGCAACAUGGCUUCAACCACAUGGAUGCUGGAAGGAAUACGGUUUUCUUCAAGUUUAAUUCUCCAGUAGAUCUAAGACGGGUUCAACAAGGGUCUCCGUGGACAAUAGGCAAGCUACUCUUUGUCCUCACAGAAGUGAACGAAGAUGAUGUUAAUGACAAUGUUGAUUUCUCCUAG